AUGACACCGCCGGCCCCAAAGAGAUCCCGCACAGCUCCAAAAUUUCACUCCGGACAUUUGGAUCCCAAUCGAGCCAGAAAACUUAAGAAAGAAUGGAUUGCGCACCAGAAACUCAAGGCCAGGUACCGCGCGGAGAAACGCCGUAUGGGAAUGACCAAGGUUACAGCAGAGGAUGAUGGCGAUGAGGCUGGCGGCAGCACCGGUGACGAUAUAGCCAAGGCUGACGAGUCAGACUCGCAUUCGGACUCGCCGGUCAACGAUUCUUCGGCUGAAGUAGCUGAUACCGCUGCGCAGUCCCCGGUUGUGGACUCUCUCGUGCUCGUGGCGCACGUUCUAGAACAACAAAUUCCGGGCGCAACACAAGAAAUCCUGCUAAUGAAGUCAAGUCGGAGCAGGAAAGUCCUUCAUUACGAGAACUCGCAAGAGAUGCAUAUUCGCCAGCCAGCCUUCACACAUUCAAAAGCCAUCCUCUUCGCGGCCGACCGCAUGGAAAGAAUAACUCUCGAACUAGACGAAUCCCUAUCCAAGUCGCACAGACAUUAA